AUGGGAGGAAAAGUAGGAAAGGAGUCAAAUAAUGAUGACGAUGCAAUGUCAGCUCACAAAACGAUCUAUGACUUUACUGUUAAGGAUGCCGAUGGGAAAGAAGUUUCGUUAAGCAAAUACAAAGGACAGGUGGUCAUUGUAGUUAAUGUAGCGUCAAAGUGUGGCUUUACAAACAAUCACUACACCGAGUUGAAGAAGUUACAGGAUAAGUAUUACGAUCAGGGGCUACGGAUUGCUGCAUUCCCUUGCAAUCAGUUUGGCGGACAGGAGCCAUCGUGUGAGGUUGAUAUCAUGAAGUUUGUCAAGGAGACAUUCGAUUACGAGCCGGACCUCUAUGCAAAGAUUGAUGUGAAUGGAGCUAAUGCUGAUCCCUUUUGGACAUUUCUGAAGACAGAACGCGGGGGUACACUGAUUGAUGCAAUCAAAUGGAACUUCACUAAAUUUUUGGUCAGCCGCAAAGGACAUGUAAUGAAAAGAUUUGCUCCCACAACGUCACCUAUGAGUAUGACUGCAGACAUCGAAGCGCUGCUUGAAGAGUCUCCAUGA